AUGUCGUCGUGCUGUGAUGUAAAUCAACUUGAGUGUGGCCUUCACUCGCUGCAACUGAGCCUGGCUAGCGGUGCUGCGACUGCAGGAAGGCCUCCCUACCAAAUUAGUGAUUGGAGUAUGAGCCUUGACGCCGCCCUGUCACAGAGUCUUGUCAGUCGACAAGGCAAUCAAAAUGCAGCGGCUCUCUCCGCAGAGGAGGGAAUUGAAAAACUCCUCAGCCGAACCAAGUACACUAUUGCUAAGGAGAAUGGUCAACGUCGGUAUGGACCGCCACCCAAUUGGACAGGUGAGAUACCGCCACGGGGAUGUGAAGUUUUUGUGGGAAAAAUUCCACGAGAUUGCUUUGAGGAUGAGUUGAUACCAAUCUUUGAAAAGGUCGGUCUAAUCUACAUGUUUCGUUUGAUGAUGGAGUUCAACGGACACAACCGAGGCUAUGGGUUCUGUGUGUACACCGCGCGAGAGGACGCCAAACGCGCGGUGGAUGAGCUAAACAAUUACGAAAUCAGGAAGGGCAAAACCAUCGGUGUGUGCCUGAGUGUUGACAAUUGCCGUCUCUUUGUGGGCGGUAUUCCAAAGAACAAGACAAAGGAGGAGAUUCUCGUGGAAAUGCAAAAGGUCACCGAUGGCGUAAAAGACGUUAUCUGCUAUCCCAGUGUGGCCGAUAAGUCCAAGAAUCGGGGAUUCGCCUUUGUGGAAUACGAGAGCCACAAAGCAGCCGCCAUGGCUAGACGUAAACUCAUUCCUGGACGGAUUCAACCCUGGGGUCAACAGAUAGCUGUUGACUGGGCCGAACCAGAGCGAGAAGUCAACGAAGAGAUUAUGAUGAAGGUUAAGAUUUUGUAUGUCCGAAAUCUGAUGCUUGGUACAACAGAGGAGCAGCUACGGGCUCAAUUUCUGGAGGCUGCAGGGGCUGGAGAUCAGGCUAUUGAACGAGUGAAAAAAAUUAGUGACUACGCUUUUAUUCACUUCAAAGAUCGCGAAGUGGCACAAAGAUGUCUGGAAAAAUUAAAUGGAACUAUAAUUGAUGGUUCCACAGUGGAGGUAACAUGGGCUAAACCUGCAGAUAAAGGUGAACCUUUACGCUCUCAAAAUUCCCGUUCGGGCAGACAGUUGAUGGAUUGGAGCCUUAACGGGGAUGUUACAAGCCCUGCCAACUACUUCCUUGAUCCCACAACGGCCUUUUUGGCCGGAUUCAGUCCUCUUAUGCUUCCCGGCUCUGGUUGUGCAAGAAGUAGUUCCGCUAGAAUUGGACGACGGAAUGCAGCUGGAGGUAGAAGCGCUGCCGCCCAACGUGAAAGAAAGCAUCCAGUAGAGCCUGCAGCUCACUGCUUGCCCUUCCCACCACUCCGCCUUUCCCUAAUGGCUGCACCAGGUCCCCCUCCCUCUACCCCCUUUUGCGCAUGUGCGUGCAUUAUGGAAGAUUUCUGCCAACGCAGUGGUUUGGAAUCCCCAAUUUACUCAGCCCUUCCAGUGGAUAUUGUCGACUGUACAACUGGUGGAAAGAUCCAACUUUUUAUCGGUCAGGCCAUUAUAUCCAGCCUACGAUUGCGGUACCUCACACCGGGGUACUACAACACAGCGGAAGAAGCUAAAGCUGGUGCAGCCGAGAUAGCUGUCUACAAUCUACACUGUAGUCAACUUCAACUGGCCAUGGCAGAUUGCCCACACAUGAUUGGCUUUGCAAGUGACGAUGAAGUACAAUCAGCUGGUCACUCGACUCAAUCACAAUUGUCCAAGAGUCGAAGGGGCAAGAGACACAAAGAUGAGACGAAACAUCAUCACUCUCUCAGUCCAGUGGUUAGGGGAUGCCAUAGAGAUGAGAUAGACACACAGAAGAGGUCAUUGAGAUGCCAUCACGCGGAUGCCAAUGAAGAACAAAGUGGUGACGAUGAUGAGCAUUACGUGUGUGGGGGGCUAGAGGUCUUUAAGAACAGCGGGUUAAUGCCAACGGCGACGGGAGAGGAGGUGACACCACAUUAUUGGUGUCAUCCAGGUGUAUGUGCUGCUCAUACCAGUAUUCCCUAUGUACCACCGGCAUUGACACCUCUUCCAGCAUUCUGUGAAUGUUGUCACCUUCCUGAAGAAGUAGUACCCACACCGAUCCUUAUCGGUGCGAAUAAUCCGCCGGAAUGGAGCAAAACUCCACCUAUGAAUGGAACACUCCCAUCGACAACUGCUACGGGCGGAAUGAUUCCGAGCGCUUCGACGGCUUCCCUCCUUCCGAUGGUCUUUCCACAGGCGAUGUCUAAUCGAAGUUUGCCCUUCCCACCUCUACCAUGUCAGUCAGGUCUCUAUCCACCAUCACCGGGCUCCCUGACUCCAAUGUUGCCUAUAUCUACGUAUGACAGUGGUCUUCCACUACAGAAUCUCCCAAUACAAAAUCAAAUCCUCGACUUCCAGUCCCCAUUAAUCUCCAAUUCCCUCUUGUCGUGUGGAGGAAUGAUUCCGUCUGGAGCGGUGGUAGUUGAUCCAACUGCCAUCAAUACACCUACGAGCAGUACUACUACUGCCGCAUUUGGAGGGCUUCAAUCUUGUCCCACGACUAACAGUGAGGCUCUAGCAGAGUUUAAGCAGAAGUCACUGGUGAGUCAAAAUAAUAAGCACAUCGGUAAUGCACCUGUGAACUUUCUUCCAUCACUGAUUCCGGGUCUGUCAACACCACCUCCACCUCAACCACCACCUCCGCAACCAGCACAGCCGGCAUCUACUGUUGCUGCUGCCGCAGCUGUUGCCGCGGUUGCUGCUGCUGCUGCAACUGCAGGGUCGUUGAACUUCAAACUACCUGUAUCCCCCACGGAUUCUAUCCUCAAUGCCUCUCAGAUGAGUCUUAACGGUCUUCCAUGUUCCACUACAGUGGCAAGUGCUACAAUAGCAAAGCAGUCGUUGCUGAAUACCCUCAACAACACUGCCUCCUCGUGA